AUGGCGAGCUCCGCUGAGGGCGGGCGUGCGCUGGCGGUCCUCGGUCAGGGCGAGCUUGCCGCGGUGGCUGUCUCCGACCAGGGCGAGCGUGCGGCGGUGGCUAUCUCCGGCCAGGGCGAGCGUGCGGCGGUGGCGGUCUACGGCCAGGGCGAGCGUGAGGCGGUGGUGGUCUCCGGCGAGGGCGGGCGUGCGGCGGCGGCGGUCUCCGACCUGGGCGAGCGUGAGGCGGCGGCGGUCUCCGGCCAGGGCGGGCGUGCGGCGGCCGCGGUCUCCGUCCAGGGCGGGCGUGCGGCGGCCGCGGUCUCCGGUGUCGGCGAGGCGGCAGCCUCCGGCAAGCGCAAGCAGUGCGACUGCGACUACAUCCCGGACUACCCAUGCACGGAGCGUCUCCGUUGGCGCCGGCUCCUUGCGUACCUCCGGGACAACUGCUACGACCAGAUCUACCAUGUGUAUGCCCUCAAUCUCAACCCCCAACACACCCACCCACCAAAAAUCCUCUUGCGAAUGAAUGCGGCCAAAAAUAAGUUGCAUGUGAUCUUCGACGUCGAGGACCUGGUGAAGCGGAUCAAGGCAGGCCAGCUCGAGGAGGCGUGUGACCACGUCAGGACCUUCGCACCCAUCUGGGAAUUGAGCAGCCACGCUGGACUCCUCACGCUCUUCCUCCAUUACCUCAUGGCCAUCCACAGAUUCGCCGACGGCGACACAGCCAAGGAAGGUGUCGUCCGCGACUGGUUCAUAAAGUUGUACAGGCAUCGUGCUGCGCUCUCUGAGUGUCCUUGCCUCGUCGCCCUUGUUACCGAUGUCCUCUCCCUUCGCACACUUUAUGUCAGGAACACUCUGGACUGGCAACUCGUCAGGAACAAGGCAGCGGAGCUGGUCGAGCAGAUGGUUUCUGAGAUGCCUGAGCUCAAGGAGAUGACGCGUUACCCGCUCGCCCAGAACGAGCUGUACGACGUAAUGCCCAUUAGGUGCAGCUUCCGUCCAAGGCGUCAAGUGAAGAAAGUAGGCAGCAAGAAGCAAGCAACAGAUGUUGCAAAGGUCUAUCUUGAGAUGAAGAAGAGGUUGGUUCCUUCAGCUCAGAUGGACUGUCAUGAUUAUUCAGAAAAAGUUUUGCGAGCUGGUCAGCGCAAGGUGCUCAAACAAGGCCAUCCAUCUGAAUAUUUAUCCAGAGGAGUUUUUACACUCAAGACUGCGCACGACUGUAAAUCCAUACCUGGCCACAUGAUGAUGGAAAAAGGACAUCGUCCUGAACAUGCAUCCAACCAGGAAAAGUUUUUUCAAGCUGUUCAGCCUAUGAUGCUCAAUCAAGGCCAUAGACCUGAAUAUUUUUCCAGAGGAGUUUUUCCAUUUGAGGCUUUGCAUGCUUAUAAAUCUAUAGCUGAGCGCAUGAAGAUAGAACAAGGACAUGGGCCUGAACAUGCAUCCAACCAAGCCAUGAAACGCCCGAGGUUUCUGGAGUCUCACCGAGACACUAUCCAUCAAGGAAAUGCUUUAAAGAGGCUACACAUAACUGGGAAUUUCGAAGAUCUGAAGCACGGCCUUGGCGUGUAA